UAUUUGUGAAACCCCGUGGAUAUCGUCGAAGUCCGUCAAGAACGGUAGCUGCGGAACGGUCGGCUCUUUCCCAUUUUGCUUUGCAAAGCCACACCGGCGGCGGCGGAGCUCUCCAGGAGUCCAGGAUUCCCCUCGACCUCGAGUGCAUCCAUGGCGAUCGAUCAGCCCCUCAAAAGCAAUGGAGGGAUGCUAGCGGGAGCGGGUUGUUCCCAAUCUGCCAAGACCGAGAUGGGGCAGAAGAUGGCAUUGGUACAUCAAAGGUUCGCUUUGCUUGACAGCAGCAGCAAGAGCGAUGGUGACGAUGUCUUUGAGCCAAUGGCGAGUUUCUUCGUUGAACCAUUUGAUCUCUCAUUGCUCCUUUUAAGACACAGUGCACAUGAUGAGCGCGCCAUCGUUGUCCGUCAACAGUCUAUAGCAGCAAUCUAUGAUGAUGAGGUCAUCGACUAUGUUCCUUUGAGAAUUGUGAGGCCAGACAGAGUGGAGAGUGAGGAAGAAAAACCUCCUAGCGCUCAUCAUAAACACGACACCCAAAAUACUAGCACUGCCCUUAGAACUUACAAAAGGAAGAGAGGUAAGCUAGCAGGUUCCAACUCUACCAAGAGCAAGAUGGCGCAGAAACCAGCGUUGGUUGACAGCAACAGCAGUAGCAGGAGUAGGAGCGAGAGCGACAAUGAUGAUGAUAGUGCGCCGAUGGUGCCUGAUGUUGAUGGCAGAAACAAAUAUGCGAGUGUUCAAGACAUAUGUAGCUCUGCUUGGGAAAGAGCUCUUGAGGUAAAGGAAAAAUUGCCAGUAGAAGAUCCAAGCUUUGCCAAGCGGAUGUUGCAUUCACAUGUUGUUCAGGGGUUUUGGCUGGGUCUUCCAUCUGGCUUUUGCAGAGAGCAUCUACCCAAGCAUGAUGUUAUAAUUGAACUAGAAGAUGAGGAUGGACAUAGCUAUGAUGCAAAGUACCUGGGUUACAAGCAGGGACUCAGUGGUGGGUGGAGAAAUUUUGCAUUACGGCAUGAUAUUAAGAUUGGCGAUGCAGUUGUCUUUCAACUCAUGAGAUCGACAAGAUUUAAGGUGUACAUACUAAGAGAGAAUAAGUUCACUAUAACUGAUGGAGCACUCGGUCUCCUGAGUUUGGACACAUCUAAUGAAAACAACAUAUCGAAAGAAGAAAGUUCUGACGAGGAUGCCAAAUCUAUGGAGGAUCCAGAGGUUACCAGAGUCAGUAGCAAAGUAGAUGACGAUGAUGAUAGCAACAAUAAUAUACCCAAUGGAGAAGCAGUAGAUGACGAUAUCAGAUCUCCAGAUUCAGACACCGAUUUCGAGGGGGUGACAAGUUUCAGCAACUUCAACAUUGUCGUAGAUGGCUCGGUCAUCAACCGUGAAUUAUUCCCCGAUCACCAGCGCAGGACGUACUACGAGCUCUGCCAAGCCCAGAAGUCGUUCCUCCACAAGAAUCUGCUCAAGAAGAUAAACCCUACACUGGCUCUAGGAGUGAUCAUCGAGACCGUCAACAUCGCAGAGGGCAUCAGAGCCUCGCGUGCUUCUUCUCACGAGGACUUCUCAUUGUGGAAGAAGAUCCUGGAGUCCUUUGAGAUCCUGGGCAUGGAUGUCACGUUUAUGCGCAAACGCGUCGACGACCUCCUUGGUCUCCUCCCUUCUCGGUCAUUGGGCGAUUGCCUGGUCGCGGAUGGGGAACAUGAGGGGUACGAAGAGGUCAAGCUCGAGCACAAAUGUGCCAGAAAGAAGAUGAGAGCCCUCGAGUUGAAGAUGUCGAGUCUGAAGAAUGCUCUGAAGGAGAUGGACGCGGCGAUGGAGGAGAUGGAGUCGAGCGUGAAGAAGAACGCGCAGGCGAUGCGUCAGAUUGCCACUGCUCCCUGGUGACAUCACUUAGUUAGAACUGGCCACAUUUUGUGUUACAUCUUCAGUAACUACGUACCAACACGCAGUUCAGACUUGUGAUCAGAGUAGUUGCUUAUCUACCUGUGUUGGCUGUCGUACAGCAACUGGAUGAUGUGUAGUGUAGCUAUCUGCUAGCUUGUGUACAGCAAUGCUGCAAAAUGAAACGAAAAAAUGCAGAAUCCAUGGUUUCACCUGAAAUGCA